AUGCAUCAACGAGCAGUUGUGUGUACAAUGUGUGGGGGGAAAUUCUUCCCCGCGAGUCUCGGUUUCCAUCAGAAGGCUUGCGAGAAGAAGCAGAGUCGUGUGUUGCUUCCUUGUCCCUACUGCGACAAAGAAGUCCCCAAACCGGACCUGGACUGGCACAUGAAGGAAGCCUGCAAAAAGGCCCCAAACCAUGCAAACAGUGCCGCUGGAAGUGUCGCGGAAGAUCGGCACACUGGCGUUGGAGCGGAUAGUUUAAAAGGCCUUCGCGAGCUCGUAGAUGAUCAAGGAAGGAUGGAGUGCGCAGUCUGUCACCGCUGGUUCCUUCAAGACCGUAUUGGGAAGCACCAGAGCAUUUGUCGAGCGAUAGACGAAAAGCGCAAGGGACAGCCUCAUCAAGUCUUUGAUUCCUUUAAGCAGAGACAGUUCGAUCCUCUGAUACGCCCGGCUAUACAGGACGACGGCACUGCACGCCAUGCAGGCCCCAGUAGCAAGGCGUCUGCAUGCACCUCUGCUGCCAGGUCUUACUAUCCGAAUCUCCGUGGGGAAGCGGAAGUGUCGAAAUCAAACGACCGUUCCGGUAGGCCCCCUCCGGCAACGCCUUCCGGGCAGAGGGCCUCGCUUUUUCCCACCAGCCGUCAAACAAAAAACACGUCUCGCUCUGAGGACUCUUGUCCUCUUUCUGGGAAGUCGUUGAAGCUCCCCGACUGCCAGGCUUCGCGCAAAGCUGCAGGGAGUUUGGAUACGGGUGCCGCCCCUUCCAGGCGUGUCGCAGGCGCGGGGAGCUCUGUCGUUCCCGUCACGGGUUUGCCGAGCGAGGCCUCGAGAGAAGUUUCUCUCCAUUCGCAUGAAGCUGUUCCAGGAACACCAACCGCAGCAAGGGAGAGUCGAUCACAAGACACAGAAUCUCCAAUGCGAAGCCCCCAUCGAGCUAGCCAGGCAUCUCGAUCAGACCGACGGGGACCGCGCGUCAGCGAGUCGAGAUUCAAUGUGGCCCCAACCACCGGAAACACUCCUCAUGUGAGGGAAGGAACUGGAGGGGUUUCUCCAGUGAGCAAACGUGGAAGUCUCCGCUCUCCAGAUGGCCAAGUGUCUCCGAAGGCGGGAGGGGUGCGCACGUACAGGGAAAGGCCGUCUGCUGCGGGUUGGUCUUCCUGCCGAGGCACGUCAGCUCUUACGGCACCGUGUGGCGCAGGGGGGAUUGUACAGACAAAUGAGAGUUCGAUUGACAACCCGCUGGCUUAUCCCAACUAUCCUGGUGGGCAUUAUCAUCCGGAACGGAGCCCGCAAAGUCUGCCGAACGCUUCGCGGGGAGUAGUAGCUCGAUCGCCGACAGCAAUGCACCAGCGCCAGGCCUUGAGAGGCAGCCAUCAUGCUGGGGGAGGAGGAGCGAUCCUUCCGACAAACGAGACAUCUGCAGAGAAUCCACUUGCCCGGGGGAACUAUUACGGAUGA